GUAACAUAUACACAACAAAUAUUACCUCCGGCGAACGACAUGCGCCGACUUCGCGGCCGUGUACGCGUGCGCGCGCAUGUAUCGCUCGAGGAUGCGGUAGUUCUCCUCGCUGUAGCGCGGCAGCAGCAUCGCGGGGCAGACGUCGCGCGGCCACUCCAUCUCGGUCGCCGUCGCGCAUCGCCCGUGGUGUCGCUUGAAGACGAAGCGCCCGUCGCGGACGUACUUUUCGAUUGUCGGGAUAUCGACGAUGGCGUGCCCGACCCGCUCAAUAACGGGAUUGAGGGGGCUCAGCCGAAACCAGACGAGUUUCUCGCAGCACCCCGGUUCCAGGUCAAACGCACCCUCAGCUUUCACGUACUCGGCCAUGGCGCGCUUCGUCGCGACGACGAAGUCGUCAAUGUACAUUUUUUGGCCGACCACGCACGGCACGAGGGCCGGCGCCCGCGCCUGCGCCAUCGUCGCGGCCGCCGCGUCGAGGGCCAGGUCCUGGAGCAGGACGACGUCCGGCCGCGCUCGCACGACGAGUUCAAUCGAUUCGAAGAGCGGCGAGCGCUCGAGCGCCGCGUGGCAGCGCGCGACGGCCUCCCACUGGUAUGCAAAGUGCAGUUUCAGCCGGUACUGGUCCGAGCCGCAGGUCUCGGCCCCGUAGAACGCGCACGUCGCGUUGGCGGACUCCGCGUACACGCGGGCGUGGUCCCAGUCCCGGACGACCGACCGGGCCGCCGCGGCGACGUCCGCUUGUUUGGCGGCGUCGUACGGGGCCUCGAGCCCGAGCCACCAGUUCCCGCGCCCGCCGUUCCGCUCGACGAGGGCGCACGACAGCGCCGGCCAGGUGACGAGGAACGUCCGCAGCCCGCCGGAGAGCUCGAGGGCAUACUUUGGUUUUCUUGGCGGGGCGGCCUUUUUUCUGCCGCCGAACACGCGCGACCAGAACGAUUGCGGUUUCGAGUGCUUCGGCGUCGUCGUCGUCGCGUUGCACUGGCAGCGCGGCGUCCAGGUAGCGUUCCGCCAGGCUGGCACGAUCGAAUGAUUCCGCCUGCCCACGACCGCACGCGUCGUGAGCAGCGCGACGAUGAGGCAGCGCAUUGUUGUCAGUCACACUUGCAGCAUCAUGGGGGGCAGCGUGCAGUGAUCAGAAUGUGCAAGGCCGCACGAGAUGCAGCCCCAUGCAAAGACAUGACAAUGUCUGUGGCC